AUGGCGGAAGCAGCGGCGGCACCUGUAGCUCUUACAUCAGUGGCGGCAGGGAAGAGCCCGUUGCCCCCGUUUCCGGACAAUCCCCCCGCGGGCGGCUGGACGAGGCAGGUGACCUGCAGAUAUUUUAUGCACGGCGUCUGCAAAGAAGGAAACAACUGCCGCUAUUCACACGAUCUCUCCACCAGCCGCUCCAGUAUGAUCUGCAGAUAUUAUCAACGAGGGUGCUGUGCUUAUGGAGACCACUGCAGAUAUGAACACACAAAACCACUAAAGCCAGAAGUUAUCGGCGAUACCUCUGUAGCACUGAUCUGCCCCCUCAACUCCCUCCCGGAAACCAGCGGCAGCAUAAACAGUAAGGCAGCUGACUUGGCAGCUAGUGACCUGGCGGCAGGGGUCUCACAAUCUGAAGACUGGGUCAAUGCCGUGGAGUUUGUACCGGGGCAACUCUACUGCGGACGUGCUCCGUCUGGCUCAGACACUGAAACUCAGGGAUCGUCACAACAAGAGGAAGACAAGGAGCAGCCAGCAGACCCCGAACUGAAGAAGCAGCUUUGUCCCUAUGCCGCAGUGGGGGAAUGCCGCUAUGGAGAGAACUGCGUCUACUUACAUGGAGACCCAUGUGACAUGUGCGGGCUACAGGUCCUGCACCCCACUGACAUGUCUCAGAGGUCGGAACACAUUAAGUCCUGCAUCGAGGCGCAUGAGAAAGACAUGGAGCUAUCAUUUGCCAUUCAGCGCAGUAAGGACAUUGUGUGUGUGGCAUCUGCAUGGAGGUGGUAUAUGAAAAAACAAACCUCAGCGAGAGGCGUUUUGGCAUACUGUCCAACUGUAACCACUCCUACUGUCUAAAGUGUAUACGAAGGUGGAGGAGCGCUAAACAGUUUGAGAGCAAGAUCAUCAAGUCAUGUCCAGAAUGCCGAAUCACAUCAAACUUUGUCAUUCCAAGCGAAUACUGGGUGGAGGAAAAAGAGGAGAAACAGAAGCUAAUCCAGAAAUACAAGGAGGCUAUGAGCAACAAAUCUUGCCGGUAUUUUGAUGAAGGCCGCGGCACCUGUCCAUUUGGAGGCAACUGUUUUUACAAACAUGCAUACCCUGAUGGUCGUAUAGAAGAGCCACAGCCACGACAAAAAGGGGGUAUGUCCAGCAGGUAUCGGGCCCAACGUAGGAACCGGUUUUUUGGGAAUUUGAGGAGCGUGAAAGUGGGGAUCCUUUUGACAACGACGACGAUGAUGACAUGGUCACCUUUGAACUGGGUGAAAUGCUUCUUCUUAUGUUGUUGGCAGCAGGUGCUGACGAAGACCUAACAGACUCAGAGGAUGAGUGGGACUUGUUCCAUGAAGAGCUGGACACUUUUUAUGACCUGGACCUAUAG